GGCGUUGUUCGAGUCCUGUCUGUGUACGUGCACAUAGAGACGCCUUCUGUACAAGCUCUCUCUUCUGUCAUUCCUCGUACGACAAACAUGUCGGAUCUUGUCUCAGUGGCUGCGAUCAAGGAUCUUCUGACAGAGUGCCCAAUAUGUACAGAACACUUUGAUGACGCAACACGAAUUCCCCGUCGUAUGCCAUGUUGUGUACAGUCCAUAUGUCAACCCUGUCUGGAAACCUGCAGUGGAGGUGCUGCAACCCUAUCCUGCCCCAUGUGUCGACACCGACAUAAUCUGCCUGGUGGGGUGAAAUCUCUGCCCAAAGAGACUGUCAUCCUGAAGACUCUGGACUACCUCAAGAUUCAGAAAGGUCUCCGUCUGCCAUGUACAGAUUGUCCUGACAAGGAAACAGCUGUAGCCCAGUGUGACAACUGUGGGGUAUUUCUCUGUUCACUCUGCUUGAAUGCUCACAGAAGGAAUAUAACAACAAAAGCCCACACUAUAAAUACCUUUGAUGAGAUGAAGGGACGACCUGUACAUAGUUUACGUCGUCUUCAUCAGUGCAGUCAGCACCAACACCCUCUAGAGUUUUACUGCCACACUUGUGACAAGGCCGUCUGUGUGUCCUGCACUGUAGUAGAUCACGAUAAAGGGAAGGGGCACAACGUUGUGUCUGUGGAUGAAGCACACCAAGAAUGGUCAAAAUCCUCAGAUGACAUUUUUUGUCAAGAUGAAAGAGAAGUCAGAGAGAUUGGGAAAAGCAGAAGAAGAAUUAUUGCAGAUGAUAGUGAACAUUGAAAUGUCAAAGAGGGUAGCAAUAGAUGAUAUCAACAAAACCUUUGACAAUCUCAGCAAUGAAUUGAAGCAACGAAGAACAGUUCUCCUAUCAGAUGUUGAAAGAAAAUCUGCUCAGAAUCUUAAGCUGACAAAGGAGGCGUUGGAGUCAACAAGAGAUUUGCAGACUAGAGUUAAAUCUUCCACUGAUUACACAAGACACAUGAGAAGUAAAGCUGACAAGAUAGAAGACCUACAAGUUUUGGGGUCAUCAACUGCCUCCUAGCGAGCCAUGUUGGAGGAGACACUGCAGAAGGUACCCUUUGUCAGAACUGGAGUCAACUUUGUCCAAGCAAAUAUAAACCAUCUUCAAGAUAAUAUGAAGGCAGCAGGAAUGGUCAGAUCAGUCACGUUCUCCCCAAGAGAGAGACCGCAUGGUGUUCCAGAUACUGCACCAUACACUGCCAUCACACUGGAACCUGAAGAGUUCCCUACAUGUAGGUUGUAGAAAAUUAGAACAUAUCAUAUUUCGUGUUAUUCACCAAAUGUUGCAU